CAAGUUGCUUCUAGUUCUAUAUAUCUCCUGUUUUGUUAAUAUUUAUCAUCGGUCAAUUUCAAAAGCCAUCAAUCCAACAUGAUUCAUUUAUUAACUGCGUCUGUCUUCGCGAUUCUCAGUUUUUCAUCUUUAGUUUGGUCUCAAACACUCACCGAUUCCACCUCUUGUCCCAUGGAUUUCAACUACGUCCGCCAAAUCCAGUGGCCAACCGCCGACUGCCGCCCCUCCGGCGACCCAAGCAAAACCAUCACCAAUUCCACUAAUUGUUGUCAAACACUGCUUAGCGUCUUCGGCAUCAGUUUAGCUCAACACCUCAAAGACACCUCUCAAUUCCAUCUCCCUGAUCUCAAAACGUCCUCGUCUUGCCUCUCAGAUUUUCAGAAGAAACUCACCUCUCUUUCCCUCCCCAGUAAUCUCGUUCCCUCUUGUUUUGAUCCUAUGCAGUUUGUCAUUUCGUUGAAUACCUGUGCUGGAAUUCAGACCCUCCAAGAUUGGCGCCAAAAGUUAGGGAAUGAAACAAUUCUUGAUUCUUCGUGUCGAGAUGAUCUCUCUGAACUUACUGCAUGUGAUGCUUGUGGUUAUGCUGCGUUAACAGUUCAAAAAGAACUCGUGUCGAUAGAUGGUAACGCUUCUCAUUCAAAUAACUGCUUUUACUUUAUUGUUCUUUAUGGUGCUGGUAUACUCAAUGAGUUCGGGCCUGAAAGUAAUUCUGCUGUAACUUGUAACUUUGAUAUUAACAUUAUACCUAAAACCCAUAAAAAUGGUCGGACCUCUUUGAUAUAUGGAUUGGUUGGAGGAUUUGUUUUCAUGGUAGUAAUCUCUUGUUUGGUGGGAUUAUGCUUUUGGUGGGAUAGGAAGAAGAGAAAGCAAAAGAUCGGUGAAUCUGGAACUAAUCCAUUUGAAUCACGUUUGCCAAGACGACGUCCAAACACUGGUUCUGCAUGGUUCAAGCUUUCUGACCUUGAGAAGGCAACCAAUAACUUCUCCAUAAACAAUUUAAUCGGUAGAGGUGGAUUCGGGGUUGUUUAUAAGGGUGUUUUGUCUGAUGGAUCUGUGGUUGCUGUUAAACAGCUUAUAGAAUCAGAGUUUGAAGGGACGGAUGACUUUUGUAAUGAAGUUGAGAUCAUUAACACUUUGAGGCAUCGAAAUCUUGUUCCACUUAUCGGGUGUUGUAUUCGUGGUGAAGAUGAGGAUUACGAGAGGAGAGAUGGUGAAAGAUUCCUUGUCUAUGAAUACAUGUCGAAUGGGAAUCUUGACGACCAUUUGUUUUCAUCGAUGAGUGAACAACCACGAUUGACAUGGUCUCAAAGAAAGAACAUAAUCUUGGAUGUGGCUAAAGGUUUAGCUUAUCUUCACUAUGGAGUGAAGCCUGCUAUUUAUCAUAGAGACAUCAAACCUACAAAUAUACUUCUAGAUGCCAAUAUGAGAGCUCGAGUGGCAGAUUUUGGAUUAGCCAAGCAAAGUAGAGAAGGGCAGUCACAUCUGACCACUAGAGUUGCGGGAACCCAUGGAUAUUUAGCGCCAGAAUAUGCCAUCUACGGCCAAUUAACUGAGAAAAGCGAUGUCUACAGCUUUGGGAUUGUGAUAUUGGAGAUUAUGUGCGGGAGAAAAGCUCUCGAUUUGUCUUGCUUAGACUCGCAUCUUUUGAUUACUGACUGGGCUUGGUCACUUACAAAGGAAGGCGAUGUCGGGCUGGUUUUGGAUCAUUCGUUGGGAGAUGCCAUGAGUUCGGAGACUAUGAACCCUACAGGGGAUAUGGCGAGAUUUGUGCUUGUUGGAAUUUUGUGUGCUCAUGCAACUGUUGCUUUUAGGCCUACAAUUAUGGAGGCAUUAAAGAUGUUGGAAGGAGAUAUUGAAGUGCCGGUUAUUCCUGAUCGACCUAUUAGCACGUAUUCUAUUUAGGCCCAUGUUUUGCUUUGUAUUUGUAUUGGGAUGUAUUUCUCCUACUUUGUAUUGUAUUGUGAUAUAUUUGCCCUGCCCAUGUAUUUUGUAUGUGGUGUAUAUAUUAUGUACCUAGUGAGAAUCGGAAUUGAUAUUUGAAAAUACGCUUUGUAACAUGGUAUAAAGGCUAUAAUCUC